CCUGCCCAUGUGCAUGUUAAGUAUUUAGGGCCUUCAACCUUUCAGUUCUAAAUUGCCUCAUAGUCUACUUUCAUCUACAGUAUCUACUUUAGUUUUGAUUAACAAAAGUCUUUGGGCUUCUAUUCCCGACGACAAUGUCCGACCAUGGAGAGGGUCCGGCGAUAGGAAUCGAUCUGGGAACGACGAACUUGUGCGUGGCAGUGUGGCAAAAUGGAAGAGCAGAGAUAAUAGUAAAUGAUCAGGGAAAGAGGACGACACCAUCUUAUGUUGCUUUCACUCACACGGAGCGCUUGGUCGGUGAUGCGGCGAAGACGCAGGUCGCCAGGAACCCCACCAACUCCGUCUUUGAUGCCAAGCGAUUGAUUGGUAGGAGAUUCAGCGAUCCCUUGGUUCAGAGUGAUAUCAAUCAUUUUCCAUUCAAGGUCAUCGAAGGUCCUGGUGAUACGCCUAUGAUCAUUGUCGAGUAUAAGGGCAAAGAGAGGCACUUUUCUGCUGAGGAAAUCUCAUCUAUGGUCCUUAGAAGGAUGCGUGAGAUUGCCGAAGAUUACCUGGGCACAAUUGUAAAAAAUGCAGUUGUUACUGUCCCUGCCUACUUCAAUGACUCACAACGUAAGGCAACAAGGGAUGCUGCAGGCCUUGCAGGCCUGAAUGUCUUGCGUAUAAUUAACGAACCAACUGCUGCCACCAUUGCUUACGGUCUUCAUAGGAUGGACAGUAGCAUUGGCAAAAAAAAUGUACUGAUUUUUGAUUUGGGUGGUGGCACUACAGAUGUUUCACUAAUUACCAUUGAGAAGGGUGUCUUUGAAGUAAAGGCUGUUGCUGGAGACACUCACCUUGGAGGUGAGGACUUUGAUAACAGAAUGGUAAAGCAUUUCGUUAAUAUAUUUAAGAGGCAGCACAAGGUGGACAUUAGUAAAAACUCCAAAGCUCUUAGGAGGUUAAAAAACGCUUGUGAGAAAGCAAAAGAAGUUCUUUCUUCUGCAAUGGAGACUACUAUUGAUGUUGAUUCUUUAUGUAAUGGUAUUGAUUUCAUUUCAACUAUUACCCGUGCCAAAUUUGCGGAACUCAAUAUGGAUUUGUUCAGGAAGUGUAUCCAUAUCGUGGAGAAGUGUUUGACUGAUGCUAAGAUGGACAAGAGCUGUGUCCAUGAUGUUGUUGUUACAGGUGGUUCUUCCAGAAUUCCCAAGGUGCAGGAAUUGUUGCGGGAAUUCUUCAAUGGGAAGGAACUUUGUAAGUGCAUUAAUCCAGAUGAGGCUGUGGCUUGUGGAGCUGCAGUUCAAGCUGCAAUCUUGACCGGAAUGGGUAAUGAGAAACUUCAAGACAUCGUGCUCUUAGAUGUCACUCCUCUGUCCCUCGGAAUAGAGGUUCAUGGAUCAGAUAUGUCUAUUGUGAUUCCAAGAAAUACCGCCAUUCCCACCAAGAAGAAGGAGAUAUAUACCACCAUGAGGGACAACCAAACUUCUAUGUUGUUCUCUGUUUACAUGGGUGAGGGAGAUAGAACUUGUGACAACAACUUAUUGGGACAAUUUGAGCUUUCUGGCAUUCCAUUAGCACCUAGGGGUGUUACUAAGGCAAAACUUUGUUUUGAUAUUGACACUAAUCGUAUCUUGAAUGUUUCUGCCAAGGAGAUGACCACUGGCGUGACGAGUAAGAUCACUUUCACUAAUUAUAAGGGAAGACUGUCCAGUGAAGAGAAUGACAGGAUGGUCCAGGAUGCAGAGAUAUGCAAGGCUGAAGAUGAUGAAGACAGGAAGAAGUUUGAAGCUUGGUUAAAAUUUGGCGGGCAUGUAGUUAAUGGAAUUGCGACAGUGGCGGGCCUAUAUUUCAUGGGGGCUGGAAAAAUAAAAUUUAAGUAAUAAUUUAAUAUUUUAUCCCUUAAUUUAAUUUUAAAAAAAUUUUCUGUGCAUAUUUUCAUAAAAACAAUGAAUUUAAGGACUUUUAUAAAUUUUGUAUAAUUUACUUAGUAA